AUGGCUGCGGGGAAGCCGCCGGCUACGACCUCUCUCCGCCGCCCACCUCGUCGUCUGGGAUAUAAAAAACUGAGCUUCAUCGAGAGCGCCUGGCCAGUCGGAUCAAGGCCACAACUACGGAGAGCUCCGAGAGGGUCACAGAGCUCGUCAGCGCCGGAUGCACCCGGACCUGUCCCUGUGUCCCCGAAUGUUCACAUAUCCAAACCUCCUGGAUGGAUCCAAGACCACCGCGCGCCCAGCGAUCAAAGGGCCUUGGAGACAGCCUUGGUUAAACAUCUAGCCCUGCAGGGAUACGGGACGGACAACAUGGUGGCUCUGAUACCAUAUUUGGACUGUUGCAUCUAUUGCAUGACUCGAUUCGUCGGCAUUGCUGAGCGCCGGACUGACGAAUUUCGCCGCGUCCAAGGGCGACGACAUCUUCAUCGCUUCCUUGACCCGCAGCAGCUUCCAAGGGGACAUUGGCUUCAUGGCCGCUCAGGAGCGCUUCAAUGUCCUGAUCUCUCGAACGAGAACAGCCGCCGAUUGAGUACCCCCUCAACAAGGUGUUUCUGGGAAGUCCGGGAUCGGGAAAGACCACGGUUGCCAAGCUGUAUGAGCGCAAUCCUGGUCGAUCUGGGCAUUCUUACAAAAGGCAGAGUUGUUGUCAAAAACCCAUCAGACUUUGUCGGCGCAGCCCUUGGGCGGUCCGAAGAAAGGAGAAAGGGCAUCCUAGCCACGACGGCCGGCAAAGUUCUCGUCGUCGACGAAGCCUUCGAACUGUACGGCGGCAGCGCCCAAGGCCCUUUACAAUACCGCCGUCAGCGACACCAUCGCGGCCGAGAGAGUAUUCCGCUCAACACUCUCUUCGGGGGUCCCCCUGAAACCGGCAAGACCACGACGGCGAAAAAGGCGGGCAAGGUAUUUUACGACAUGGCAUUCGUCUUGACGGCCGACGUCAUCAAAUACUCCGCCACGGACCUGGUCGGUCAAUACGUCGGUCAGACUGGAGCCAAGGUGCUGCAGCUCCUCAAUAAGGCCCUGGGCUGGGUGCUGCUUAUUGACGAGGUCUAUGGCCUGGGUGAGGGUCAUUUUGCCAACUCAAGGCGGAAGAGCAAGACCAACCGGCAAGCCCCAACGCCGCUACAACAAUUAACUUUGACGACCUCAAUGCGUCGUCUGUACUACACGCGGAGCAGGACGCGGGCGGGAGGUCGAGUACCAGUCGCUGAAAAGGAGGCCGAGGAGGCGCGCGACGUGGACCGGAACGCCAUAGUCAACCAAUUGCUACAAGGUGAGGAUAGACAGAAGAAGGACUUGUCCGUCGAGGCGAAACUGGAAAGGUGGAAGGAUGCCGAUUGGAUUUUCUCAUGA